AUUUAAAUUCAAAUUUGUUGAGGAAAUUUUCGGUACCACUCAGAGAUUUUGUGUUGCGAUUUUUGAAAUGCUGUCACUUACCAAGAGAUGUGGAGUGGGAAAAUCCGCCAAUGUAGCUCGAUUGGCCUACUGCCAAUUGGCGAAUCAGUCAUUUCGUCAUUAUUCAGAUGAUAAGUGUGAAGAGAAGCCUCAAGAGUCGAAAUGUGGUUUGGUAUUAAAUGAAUACACAUGUGGCCAGAAACCCACUGAGCCGUACGUUCCCAAGCCGGCAGCGAAACAGCCACCUUUAGUUUCAAUGUGGACGAUCGAGGGCUGUGGCCAGGAUUCUUGCGCCAUGGAUCUGCGCUACGAUAUGAAAUACUAUUCCGUAUCCGACAAACUGAAGCGCAAGUAUCAGGUAACGUGGAACGAGUGUCCUCGCCUGCUGAUCAAACCGAAGAAAGUUUGCCUCUAUGAGAAAAUGAAGCGCCCCAAAAUCGAGCGCCGCCCGCGUGGAGCCAUGACCGGCGGCACGCCCCAAAAGCCCCCAGAAACCCUUGAUAAAGCCAAGAGUGCGUGUGUCUAUAUCAAGUCUGUGUGCUGCAAGACUGGUCGCAGGCCGCCCAAGUGCAAGGCGGCCUUUCCCUCCCUGGGUAACUGCGAAAAGCGCAAGACGCCUUAUCCCAGCUAUUCCGAAUGCAUUAGGGAUCCGGCCAUACCCUUGCCCCCAGUGGAGUGUGGCUGCCUGAACAAAGUCUUCACCUGCGAUGCAUGGGCUAUACUGCGGCGGCGCGUCGCUCGAGGAUUGACACCGCAUAAGCUAUGCGGAGAAGCUUAAGACUGACCCAACAAGAGUGAGAGAGAACGAGAGAGAG